UCUUUGCGUGUCCACAGCCCAAGACUCGUCUCUUCUCCCCUAUGUUUUUGCUCUGUGUUCAAGCAAUUAAGCGAUACUCGAUCCAUUCAUUUCUCUUUCUCCCUGUCUCUCUCCUUGACAAAACAGUCAAAACGUUGAAUAAACUCAGCACCCACCUUGAUUUUCCUCAAGGUACGUGCUGGAUUGGGCUUUGAUUGAGUGAGUUUGAUUUCGUGUUCCCCGAGAUUCGGGGACUGAGGAGAUGUCGAGUUUUCAGGGUGUUCUCGUGUCUGAUCAAUGGCUUCAGAGCCAGUUCACGCAAGUCGAGCUUCGCAGUCUCAAAUCCAAAUUCAUUUUUGUGAAGAAUCAGAAUGGCAAAGUUACAAUUGGCGAUUUGCCGCCUUUAAUGGCGAAACUGAAGGCUUUUAGUGAAAUGUUCAAUGAGGAGGAGAUUAGGAACAUUUUGGGAGAAUCUGGUUCUGAUAUCAAUGAUGAGGUUGAUUUUGAGGGCUUUCUCAGGACAUACUUGAACUUGCAAAACCGAACUGCAUCCAAAUCAGGUAGUUCGAGAAGCCCUUCCUCAUUCCUCAAGGCCACUACAACCACCCUACUUCACACAAUCAGUGAAUCAGAGAAGGCAUCAUAUGUUGCUCAUAUCAACAGCUAUCUCAGAGAUGAUCCAUUCUUAAAGGAGUUCCUUCCAAUAGAUCCAGCUUCCAAUGCGUUGUUUGAUCUGGCAAAAGAUGGAGUUCUUCUAUGUAAGCUGAUCAAUGUUGCUGUACCUGGUACAAUAGAUGAAAGAGCCAUCAAUGUUAAGCGAGUACUCAACCCAUGGGAAAGAAAUGAGAACCAUACCCUUUGCCUCAACUCUGCAAAGGCUAUUGGAUGCACAGUGGUCAAUAUAGGCAAUCAGGACCUGAUUGAAGGAAGACCUCAUCUGGUUCUUGGAUUGAUUUCUCAAAUCAUAAAGAUCCAACUGUUGGCAGAUCUCAACCUCAGGAAAACCCCUCAGCUUGUAGAACUCGUGGAGGACAACAAUGAUGUUGAGGAGCUUUUGGGAUUAGCCCCAGAAAAGGUUUUACUGAAAUGGAUGAAUUUUCAUCUCAAAAAAGGAGGCUAUAAAAAGACUGUAUCAAAUUUUUCGUCAGAUUUGAAGGAUGGAGAGGCAUAUGCUUACCUUCUUAAUGUACUUGCGCCUGAACAUUGCAGUCCAGCAACGUUGGAUUCCAAAGAUCCCACUGAAAGGGCAAACAUGGUCCUUGAUCAUGCAGAAAAAAUGGACUGCAAAAGAUACUUAAGUCCAAAGGACAUUGUUGAAGGCUCAGCCAAUUUGAAUCUUGCCUUUGUUGCACAGAUCUUCCACCAAAGGAAUGGCCUGUCUACUGACAACAAGAAGAUCUCCUUCGCAGAGAUGAUGACAGAUGACGAACAAAUAUCGCGAGAAGAAAGAUGUUUCCGACUAUGGAUCAAUAGUCUUGGCAUCUCCUCUUAUGUCAAUAACUUAUUUGAGGAUGUCAGAAAUGGAUGGGUACUUUUGGAGGUGCUGGACAAGGUUCAUCCCGGAUCCGUUAAUUGGAAGCAUGCAACAAAACCUCCUAUUAAGAUGCCAUUUAGGAAAGUAGAGAAUUGCAACCAAGUUGUCAGGAUUGGGAAGCAGUUAAAACUCUCUUUGGUGAAUGUGGGUGGAAAUGACUUUGUUCAGGGGAACAAAAAACUUACUCUUGCAUUCUUGUGGCAGUUAAUGAGGUUUAACAUGCUCCAACUCUUGAAGAACUUGAGAUCCCGCUUUCAAGGCAAGGAGAUUAGUGAUGUUGAUAUCCUGAAUUGGGCAAACAAAAAAGUGAAAAGCACAGGAAGAACAUCUCGAAUGGAGAGCUUCAAGGACAAGAGCCUUUCAAGUGGGUUAUUUUUCCUCGAGCUUCUCAGUGCAGUGGAGCCACGGGUUGUUAACUGGAACCUUGUUUCUAAGGGUGAAAGCGAUGAUGAAAAGAAAUUAAAUGCUACAUAUAUCAUUAGUGUUGCCCGGAAACUUGGAUGUUCAAUAUUUUUGCUGCCCGAGGAUAUCAUGGAGGUCAACCAAAAGAUGAUCUUAACUCUCACUGCCAGCAUUAUGUACUGGAGCCUUCAGCAACCGGUGAAUGAUUCAGAGUCGUCUCCUUCGCCUGCUACUUCCGAGGCAUCCCCAGCUCCUUCGACAAAUGGCUCAUCAUCUCCUCCUGCUGGUCCCGCUACCCCUGAUGCAUCCCCAGCUCCUUCGACAAAUGGCUUGUCAUCUCCCGCUGUAGCACUUUCCCCCGAUUCAUCCCCAGCACCAUCUGUCAACGGGGAAGAUGACAGCUCACUCGUUGGAGUGUCGAAUCUGACCAUCAACGAUGCUGCCUCUGAUUCUACAGUCUCGUCUUCACUGGUUGAAAGCGAGGGCAAUGUGUCACAGAAGGCUACGUCUUCACAGGUUGAAUACGAAGACACGGAGUCGCAGGAGGUCUCAUCGAAACCAGUCGAGCACGAGGAGACAGAAGCAGAGGAGGAGGUUUCCUCAUCCCAAGUUGAGAAACAAGAUCCCCGGUCACAGAGUGAUACAUAGCUGAAGGUCAUUUCCAUUUUAAGCUGGAGGAGGGAUGAUGAAUAAGAAAAGCGCAGAGACAGAUAUAAACAUAAACAAAAAUAUAGGAAAAUCAUCUAAAAAAUUAUAUAAAUAGUCUCCCUUAGCAUAUUCAUACACAAAUUCUACAGUGUCACCUUGUUAGUUCUCAAAUAUAUACACUGAGUUUUGCUUCUAAGUUAUUGUAUUUUUUGUUGUAAAGUAGACUUUCAUCAUUUUGAUGCAUUCUUUGGAUUGUCUCCAUAAUGACUACACACUAGUAUCAUACUC